GCAAGAAAAACUUGAAGAUAUAUUUUGGGAAUUAGAUUCAGAAUUAGAAGAAGCUAGAGAAGAAUAUGCCUGGUGGAUUGGUGGAGCUAAUCUGAAAAUUGAAAACCCUUAUGUAAGAAUAAAUUUUUUGAAUAAUGCGAUAGCAUCAUCACUCCGUGAGAUAGAAUUCAGUAUUUUUUUUUCAUCUGCCUCACCGCUGAUUUUGAUUGGUUCUAACGAUAACUUGGAUUCUAAGGAGUGUAUCUCUGAAGUUUUCAAGGCCAGAUCAUCUUUCAUUU